ACUAGCUCUCACUGUCACUCAGAUGUCAGCUUCUCUACUUAAUUUCAUCCCAGACGGAGUGGCUGUUCUGCCUGCCCCACAGAACGUCUCUGUACAGUCAACGAACAUGAGGCAUCUCUUGAUGUGGAGCUCAGUGACCCAGCCUGGGGAGACAGUAUUCUAUUUUGUAGAGUACCAGGGGGAGUAUGAGAGCCUGUACAUGAGCCACGUCUGGAUCCCCAGCAGCCAGUGCUCACCGACCAAAGGUCUGGAGUGUGACGUCACCGAUGAUGUCACUGCCACAGUACCAUAUAACUUCAGGGUCAAGGCCAUGCUGGCCUCACAGACUUCAGCCUGGAGCACCCUGGAGCACCCCUUUAAUCGGAACUCAACUGUCCUCACCCCACCCAGGAUGGAGGUCACCGAACAUGGGUUGCAUCUGGUUAUUGAGCUGGAAGACCUCGGGCCCCAGUUUGACUUCCUUGUGGUCUACUGGAGGAAGGAGCCUGACGUCAUGGAACAUGUUAAGGUGGUGCAGAGUGGGGCCGUUCCAGUGCAUCUAGAAACCAUGGAACCAGGGGCUGAGUACUGUGUGAAGGCGCAGGCGCUGGUGAAAGCCAUCGGGAGGCACAGCGCCUUCAGCCAGACUAAGUGUGUGGAGAUGCAAGGAGAGACUCUCCCGCUGGCACUGGCUCUGUUUGCAUUUGUUGGCUUCGUGCUGAUCCUCCUGGUUGUACUAGUCUCCACCUGGAAGAUGGGCCAGCUGCUCCGGUAUUCUUGCUGCCCCACCGUAGUCCUCCCGGACACCUUGAAAAUAACCGGUUCAUCCCAGAAGCUAAUCAGCUGCAGAACGGAAGAGGCGGACGCCUGUGCUGUGGCCGUGCUGUCCUCGGAGCACCUUCUUGGUGUCUCAAUCUCACAGACUUCAGGGAGGACCUGAGGGAUUAACAGCCUUGCCUGCAGGACCCAGAAACCUGCAAGGCAAGAGAAGUAAAAAGAGCCCC